AUGGACACUCUUGGUGUGAUUGCUACUGUGAUUUUUGUCAUUGCUACUGCGGUGGUAACACAAAUUGGCGAGUCCAUUCGACAGUGGCUCAUCGAGAACGUGGUUGAUCCAUUUGGUCAGUUUCUCAUUGAAAAACUAGGUAAACCUGUUGGACAGUGGCUUACCAGUUACAUGGUUGAACCAAUUGGACAAUGGCUGGGUUAUUCGUUUCACUACAGCAGCAACAUUGAUAAUAUGAAGGAACAGGCAGAGAAGUUGGAGGAGGUUCGAGAAAGGGUGAAACAUUCAGUUGAUGCUCGUAUAGGAAACUGCGGUGAAAAUAAAGCUGAUGUUAACAGGUGGUUAGAAAAUAUGGAUGUGAUUAUGGGAAAGGUUAAGAAAGUUCUUGAAGAUGAAACGAAAGCAAAGAUGAAGUGUUCCUAUGGGAUAUGCUUGAACUUGAAGCUACGACAUGAGCUAAGUAAGAAAGCAAAGAAGAUAGCGAAAGAUAUUGAUGAAGUCUUGGAAAAUGGUGGAUUUGAUAAGGUUUCCAAUAUGGAUUACAUGAGCUUUAACUCAAGAAUGUCAACUCUGAAUGGACUUAUGGUGGCACUGGGAGAUGUUAAUAUCAACAUGAUUGGGGUGUGGGGGAUGCCCGGUGCUGGAAAGACUACACUUGUGAGAGAAGUUGUUUGGCAAGCCAAAAAAGAAAAGUUAUUUGACGAGGUCGCUAUGGCAACUGUGAUGCAGAGCCCAGAUCUAAGGCAAAUUCAAGGAGAAAUAGCGGACAUGCUAGAUCUUAAGUUUGAUGACGUGGAGACUGUACCUGGAAGAGCAAUUCGUCUACGAGAUAGGCUAAAAAGAAAUAAUAAAGCACUUGUUAUCCUAGAUGAUAUAUGGAAUAAACUUGAUUUGGAGGCGAUAGGAAUUCCUUGUAAUGGAUGUAAAAUAUUGUUGACAUCCAGAGAUAGAGAUAUAUUAUCUUGUGAGAUGAACACGCAAAAAAAAUUUGAGCUUGAUGUUUUAUCCCCUGAUGAAGCAUGGAGUUUAUUUGAGAAGAUGGCGGGUGAUUCUCUCAAAGAUCCUAAUUUGAAAUCCAUCGCAAUGCAGGUGGCUGAAGUGUGUGCAUGUUUGCCUCUCGCAAUUGUAACAGUUGCAACGGCAUUAAAAAAUAAGAGUUUGUUUGAAUGGGAAGAUGCUCUACAACAACUAAGGAGACCCUCCCCUGUACACCUCACAGGAAUGCAAGCAGCUAUAUAUUCAAAAAUAGAGUUGAGUUACAAUCAUCUUGGAAGUCCAGUGGUCAAGUCCUUCUUUUUACUAUGUAGUCAAAUGGGUCCUGCCAUUCUUUACCUGGACUUGGUAAAAUACUGUUUUGGCCUGUGUUUAUUUCCUGGCAUCCGUACAUUGGAAGAAGCUCGAAAUAAAGUGUAUACACUGGUUCGGAGCCUCAAAGACUCUUGUUUGUUGCUAGAAGACCCUCGUACAAGCAAGUAUGUCCGUAUGCACGACCUUGUUCGUGACGUCGCCAUAUUAAUUGCCAAGGCUCAAAAUGUGUUCACGGUGAGAAAUGAUGAUCCAGUAAAAUGGCCAGAUGAAGAUGCACUAACAAUGUGCUCAUCAAUCUCAGUUCGUGCUGAGGAUAUCCAUGAACUUCCUGACGGGUUGGUAUGUCCGAAGUUAAAAUUCUUGUACGUGCAUGGCAGAGAUCGGGAUUUUAAAAUUUCAGAAACUUUUUUCAGAGGAAUGAGGGAGCUGAAAGUUUUAGAUUUAACUAAAAUGAGACUUUCAUCACUUCCUUCAUCAAUUAAUCUCCUCACAAACCUACGAACAUUGUGUCUGGAUCAAUGUGUUUUGAAAGAUAUUGCAGUGAUUGGAGAGUUGAAAAAUCUAGAUAUUCUUAGCCUUUUGUCCUCCAAAUUUACACAGUUGCCAAAAGAAAUAGGUCUCCUGACUCGUUUACGGUUGUUGGAUUUGUCAAAUUGUACCAAACUUGAAGUGAUUCCACCAAAUGUCCUAUCACGCUUAGUACAAUUAGAAGAGUUAUAUGUCUGUAAUAGCUUCACUCAAUGGGAGCUUGAAGGAGUGAACAAUGAAAGAGCUAGUCUGGCAGAGUUAAAGCAUUUAUCGUUGUUGACCACUUUAGAAGUAAAUAUUCCAAAUGUGAACAUGUUGCCAAAAAAUUUGUUGUUUAUGAAGUUGAAAAGAUACCAAAUAUUUAUAGGAGAUGUGUGGGAUCAGUUUGGUAAAUCUGAAAGCUCAAGAGCGCUAAAACUCAAGUUGAAUUCGAGCUUUGAAUUAGAGCAGGGGAUCAAGAUGUUGUUGAGUGGAAUAGAAGAUUUGUGUUUGGAUGAGUUAAAAGGUGUUAAGAGUAUCAUAUCUGAACUAGAUAGCAAAGGCUUCCAACAACUGAAGCAUCUACAUGUCCAAAAUAAUUCUGAGAUGAAGUACAUCAUCUAUUCAAAGGGAUUGGUUAUUGCUGAUGUUGUCUUUCCUGUCUUGGAGAUAUUUUCACUCAAAAACAUGAUCAACUUGGAAGAAAUAUGUCAUGGACAGAUUCCCUUGACAUCCUUUGGUAACUUAAGCAUUGUGAAAGUGGAACAUUGUGAGAAACUAAAGUUUAUCUUCUCAUCAUCCAUAGCAAAAAGCCUUUCACAACUUCAAACAUUAGAGAUAAGAGAAUGCAGCAUCAUGGGUGCAAUAGUCGAAAAAGAAGAGGGCAGAAUAGAAGACAGAGAUAUGAAGUUUUUCCCUCAAUUGCGUCGCUUACUACUAUAUUGUCUUCCAAAGCUCGUGAGCUUCUUAAGUACACAAAAUUCAGACAUAAUUGAUGCUGGAGAAGUCAUUCCUCAAAGCGAACAGGUUGUGUUCCCCAACUUGGAAACGUUGGAACUGUCCUCUAUACACUCUGAAGAGAUACUAAUUCACAACCAACAUCGGGCAAGCUCCUCUUUCAAAUUAACAGACCCGAGAUUUCAAAAUUUGCGAAAAUUGACCGUGAAAGGCUCUGGCAAUUUAAAAUACCUAUUGUCUUCUUCUACAGCGACAUUUAUGAUUCAGCUCAAAUAUCUUGACAUUGAGGACUGUAAGGUAAUGGAAGAGUCCUCAAAAGAUUCUGCGUAG